UUGACUCCCUUCCACACAGACAGCAAUACACUAUGACUUCAUAAAAUUCUAAUUCUAAUUCUAAAUUCUUGAUGAUUCCUACCAGUCAGUGGUAACUGCCUUUGCGUCAACACGGUCUUCAGGAUGAAACUUUUUCGAGCGGCCUCCGGUUUGCUUGUUGUCCAGAAAAGCUGAAAAGACUCGCACAGCCCACCCAGGGACGCCAAAUUGUUGUGGAAAUUAGACAACACUCGCAGACUCGCCCUCUGAAGGCGCGCCCCGAAUGCUGACCAAUCAGAGCGCAGGAUUAGUGAGCGAUUUGGCCGUGGCCGAGACAAGCCGACGGUGAUCCGAAGAUGGGCCGAGGCGGAAAAACGGGACCAAGGUGGAAAGAUUAACGACCGCAGCAUCGGAUAAUUACGACUUCCUGUAUUCCCAGGUGUUUGAAGAGAGAAAGAGAUAUUGUGGAAAUCAGCAGCUCUGGUGUAUUUGCAUUGGUGACGUGGACCGAAGGAGAAGGGUCAGGAGUGUUUCUCUCGGAGCCUUGACCAACACCAGCCAAUGAGAACAUCAUUACACACUUACUGUCUUUUCCAUCCUACGAGCGCACAUACCUAUCAAGCUUACAAAGGAAAGCAAUCACAAGGUGAUCACACACACUAGAGGACCCAAGACCAGAGGCUUGAGAUGACAUCAAACCUUAUAGAUGCUGCCAAUGAAAAAAAAUGAUGAAAAUGAAUCUGGGAUUUAAAAAUCCUGUCUACAAACCUUUGAAGUGUGUUUAGUAAAAGUGAGCUCUGUUUUAUUUUUUCCUCUUCUGGAAUACGGAAGCGUGUGGACAUCACUCAAAAAGCCGAGACGCUGAUUCAACGAAAGGUUUAUUUAUAUUUACUGGGCCAUGGGUCGAGUGACCAACAGGACCUCAUCAUAAAUUGUAUUUCCGUCCAUCACCAUGGAUGAAUGUGAGACGAGCGCAGAGAUUUGGGAGCCGCCUCUACACGGACUCCAUGGGCCGAACCGCAUGCGGCCUUCGUCGUACCGGGCUUUGCGGAGUGCAGUGUCCAGCCUGGCACGAAUCGAUGAUUUCUUCUGUGAGAAGAUUGGCUCUGGUUUCUUCUCUGAAGUUUUCAAGGUCCAGCACAGGAUCACAGGGCAGGUGAUGGCUCUGAAGAUGAACACGUUGGCCAGCAACAAAGCCAACAUGCUUAGAGAAGUGCAGCUAAUGAAUCGCCUCUGCCAUCCCAACAUCCUCAGGUUUGUCGGCGUGUGUGUCCAUGAAGGACAGCUUCAUGCUCUAACUGAGUACAUCAAUGGGGGUAAUCUGGAGCAGCUGCUGGACAGUGAUAUAUACUUAUCCUGGGCUGUGAGGAUAGGACUGUCUCUGGACAUUGCACGUGGACUACAGUACCUUCACAGCAAGGGGAUUUUUCACCGAGACCUCACUUCCAAGAACUGCUUAGUUCGCUGUGAGAACGGUGUUUUCACGGCUGUGGUUGGAGACUUUGGUCUGGCGGAGAAAAUCCCUGAUUACAGUGAUGGAGUGGAUAAGCAGCCUCUGGCCGUGGUUGGCUCCCCCUACUGGAUGGCUCCGGAAGUACUGAGAGGAGAGCUUUACGAUGAGAAGGUGGAUGUUUUUGCGUAUGGCAUCAUUCUGUGUGAGAUCAUUGCUCGGAUCGAGGCCGACCCAGACGUCCUCCCUCGAACAGAGGACUUUGGGCUGGAUGUGGAAACCUUUGAGCAAAUGGUUGGAGACUGUCCACCUGCAUUCCUCAGUCUGGCUGUUAACUGCUGCAAUAUGUGUGCAGAGAGGCGUCCUUCAUUCUCUGACAUUGUUGUGACCUUGGAGAGGAUGGAGUGGGAGAGGGAGAAGACUGAGACACCUGUUACACUAGAACCCAUUGCUGCUGAUGAGAGCCCGUACAGGAGGCGGAGUUCACCGUGCCAGUUGGGCACCCAGCGCCUGGCGAGGAGUCAGUCGGCCCUGUUGCCGGCAGCCUCGAGUCCGUGUGUGGGCACACCGGUGCGCCUCAACCCCUUCUCCUUACGCCAUGACCUGAACGGCGGCCACAUCAAGCUCUUUGACACACCCAGCAAGUCACUUAUCUCCCUGACCUUCACUUUGCCCCCGCCCCCUGAGCCUUCCUCUUCUCCACCACUGUGUGGAGCCUCGACGCUUCGAGGCCCCCCUCGCCGAUGCCAGUCCUUACCCUGCACUCCUGAUCUGGGUCGACCUUUGACCUCAUUCCAUGAGCCUGAAACUGAAAGUGUGGAGGAGAAGAAUGGAGGAAAAGAAGAGACAGCAAAAGAGAUGGCUGGCUCAUAUGAUGCUGGGCAGGACCCUGGCAUGGUGCUGGAUCUGGACAUGGUAUCUUUGGAGCGUGUGGAAGAAGAGGAAGAAGAUGAGGAGGAGGAAAAUGAAGCAGAGGUGGAGGGACUCUGUCGGGUUGAACCCAUGGACUGCAAUAGCUCUCCUGAUGCAGCAGAGGGUGCCCUGAGAUCAACAGCAAAGCCUCUCCUUCAUGGUUCUUAUUCAUUCUCCUCUUCCUUCAGCCCUCAGACUAAUGGCUGGACAGUACCCAUUUCGAAUGGCCCCCCAUCCCUUUCACCCCUGCACCGCCUGGACAAUAACAACAGCAUGCUGGGAGUUGGCCGGGUGCCUUGGGUGCGGCUCAGUGGCUACCGCGGUCAUCGUGCUCCCAGCCGUCUGGCACCUCCUCCCGAACAAGAUGACAUCAUUUCCUGUCCAGGCUGUUGCCUGGUGGGCUUUAGCUUUCCAUCGGUGUGCCUGCGUGGAGCCCCGCCUCCUCGCCGAACCCCACCCCUCCGCCCAUACAGGAAUCUUAAUGGGGGAGAUGCAGCAGCUGGCAGGUCAACCAACGGACUGAUGUGUCGAGGAGCAAAGGGUCUGGCUCCGCCCACAAUAACAUGCGAACCGGGUUUGCCACUUCCAGAAGCACAGACGUAGUUAGAGUGCCCUGUAGAGCACUAAAGCACAACCUUGGCACUGUGGCUGUGCCAAUAACCACUAUGGUUAAACUAUUAGUGCUAAUGUGCUGUGAGGAUGUAAGAGAUGGGGUGUUUGGGUGUGCGUGUGUGUGAAAGAGGAAGAUAGAGAAAGGUGAAGUGUUAUAGAAAAACAAACAUGUACAGUAUGGAAAGUCUGGCUGUGGUACUUUAGGAUACAAACUAAAAUCUUUUGUGAUGAAUUCAGAGAAGGUGCUAUUUAAGCCACAUUAGACCUUCAGUUUCAUAAGCCACUGUGGUAAUGUUGCCCUAAAAGACUGUGUGUGUGUGUGUGUGUGUGUGUGUGAGAGAGAGAGAGAGAGUCCAUGUAUAAAUGUGAUAGUAAUUCAAGCUUAUUUAUUUAUUAAAAAAACACUCAUCCAAAACUGAGGAUUAAAAGAUAUAAUAGUGAAAGAUUGUGUGUGUGUAUGUGUGUGUAUGUGUGUGUGUGUGUGUGUGUGUGUGUGUGUGGAGAAAGUCUAAAAGUUGUUAAUAUGUCUAGAAUCAAUGUGUGCAAUAAGUCAACACUGUACAUACUGUUUAAUUCUUUUUUUUUUUUUUAAUGGAGAAUGCACCAUUUUGAAUCUGAUAGAAACAUGGGUUUGCUUGUGUUGUAAUGUGUGUCAUUUUUACUGUCACCCUCUAGUGACACAGAUGAUCCUUGCUGGUCAGGUUUUUUGCUGCUUGUUAAAGUACUAUCGUGUACGUGUAUUUACAGAUUGCUAAACCAGAUCACACAGGAUGGACUAUUCUCACUUCAAAAUGUUUUUAAAAAAACAAAACGACUUUUCUAUUUGAAACUGUAAUGUAAAUCACAUGCAGGGUUGUGAAUGAAACCAUCAACAUGAGUCCUAAUCAAACCGAUGAAGGUUUGGUCAUUUUUACAAGAUGAAAAUUGUAGUGAAAUUGUAGAAAUCUUGAAAAAAAGACGCAACAUGUCCUGUGUGUUCUGGUUCACUCCCCGACUGAUUUAACAGCAUGAUUUUGAACUUAACCUCAUGAGUCCAUCUAAAAGGUCCACCUGCCCAUGAUGUGAGUGCUGAAAGCCUGUGCAUGCAGACUGUGCAAAACACUACACUAUAAUGUAACACGGUGCUACUCUUGCAUAGUACUUUUUUAGGCUAGGGAUAUGCCUAAAGAGACUUUCCAUUUUUAUCUAGCGGAAAGCUUUGUUUGAAAAUGAGAUGUCCACGGUUAAAUGGAAAAACAUGCUGUUCCCAAAACCAACUGAAUUUGCAAAAGAUGUAACUUAAUCCCAGGGUAAAGUUAAAACAACGUCCUGUGCUCGUCGAUCAAAAUCUCAUUUGACGAAUGUAUUUUGUAUGGAAAGUGUUAAUCUGACCAUAAUCUACUACUGAUGCUACAGAAUUUGUACAGUUUAGUUAUAAUUUCUAUCUCUUGGAUAAUAACAGAAGCUUGUGAUUGACAUGAUGGAUGUAAAGGCUGAAUUACAUUUGAUUCCUAAGUGUGUAUUUACUGUGUAAAGGUUAGCUUUUUUCCCAUAUAAAAGCACUUAGCACAAUGAUUAUCAUCAUCAGUUCUGGGGAAAAUUAGCUUUAAUAAAUGUUAAUGAUUUAUGUUAUUUAUUAAACUGUUUUCAACAUUAAAAUAUUGACUGUAACCCUGUGUCUGGCUAGUAAUGUUGCAUUGACUCACUAAUUUUGUAGUGGGUAAUUUUCUAGUGGGUAGCGUUGGUACCUGAUAUCUGCCAUCUAACUAUGGUCCACUG